CUGCACCGUGGGCGGGCGGGCGCGCGCGCGUGCGAGCGGGGAUGCGAGCACACAUGCUUGCGCGUCUGUGUGCAAGUAGUUGUGCAGCUGGUGUCCAGGGAAUACAGUACGCUUUCGAAUACCGGGAUCACGCGCAACGAGAGCGCAAAAAUUGGGGAGGAAGUGAGAAGGUGGGUGGGGGGAAAGAAAACAUCUGGACCUCAUUUGUAGCUGGAGGAGAGAAAUAAAAAAAGAACUUCAGUAGAAGGGUCCGUUUUAGCCCUGAACGUUUUCCAUCGGUUUCCACAAACAAAAGAAGAGAGACAACGAGAGAGCGAGAGAGUUCUUCUUACUUUUCGGAAUCAAGCUUUAGCGACGUCCUAUGGAGUAUCCGUUUUAAUGUCCCGCAUCAGGACAAUGGGAACCCACUGAGUCCUUAUCGGCGCGAUGAGGGCUAGGCUACAAUCGCCCCAUCUUGGAAUCUGUCACAAAGGAGAUAGCGGCAGAUGUUUCAAACGUCCUGCAUACUGCCUUUAAUUACCCUUAUAAUUGGGACUGUAUAAACGCCGCUUUAAACCCCAGCGUUUGGAUUUCUAAGGAAACUGUCUCAAUACAUAACGUGAGCAAUGGAGGCGACAUAAGAAAUAGUUUCAUACAUGGCUAGUAGACUUUUUCAUGAUUAUGACUAACUGUUAAUCUUUUUUUACCAGUAGGCUAGCCUACCAGUAUUUUGAAAAGUGUAUACGUAGCCUAGCCGACAGAAGUCACUGAAUAUUAGGCUACUUAUAAAACCAACAUUUGAAAGCAAAUGCAAACGCUACAAACAGCUUCUUCACCUCGGGUUACGAAUAUGGGGUGACCUCAUUUGGACAUCCUGGGCAGCUGUGGCUGGGAGGGGGGAAGUCAUUCAAGCUCUGCAGCUCCCCACCCCCACCCAGACCCCUCCCCCCGCCCCCCCACACGCACUCCAAAGAGAAUGAACAUUUGUCCCAGUGCUGCAGCCUGUCGUGUUGUCGCCACGGGAACCAUGUACCAGGACUACUACAACGUGUCCGUCAUCCAGGUCUACUACCGCUACGCCAAGGAUAUGAGCCAGGAGGAGCUGGAGAAGCGCAUGCGCAGCGGGGCGGGACUGAGCGCGCUCUCCCUGGCCCUCCUGGUGGUCUGCAGCGUCAUCAUCCUGGAGAACGUCCUGGUGCUGGCAGCCGUCUGCCGCAACAAGAAGUUCCACACCGCCAUGUUCUUCUUCAUCGGCAACUUGGCCUUCUCCGACCUGCUGGCCGGCUCCGCCUACAUUGCCAACGUGCUGCUGUCGGGCCCCCGGACGUUCCGCCUGGCGCCCGUGGAGUGGUUCGUGCGCGAGGGCACGGCCUUCAUCGCCCUGGCGGCCUCCGUCUUCAGCCUGCUGGCCAUCGCCAUCGAGCGCUACGUUGCCAUCACCAAGGUGAGGGUGUACGGCUCCAGCGGGGGCUGCCGGGUGUUCCUGCUCAUCGGGGCGUGCUGGGUCACCUCCGUGCUCCUGGGCGGGCUGCCCAUCAUGGGCUGGAACUGCGUGGGGCGCCUCCUGGAGUGCUCCGCCGUGCUGCCGCUCUACUCCAAGCGAUACAUCCUCUUCGUGGUGACCAUCUUCAGCAUCAUCCUGCUCUCCAUCGUCAUCCUCUACGUGCGCAUCUACCUGAUCGUGCGCUCCAGCCACCGGGAGGCGGCCAGCUCGCCGGCGUACGCCCUGCUGAAGACGGUCACCAUCGUGCUGGGCGUGUUCAUCGUGUGCUGGCUGCCCGCCUUCACCGUGCUGCUGCUGGACACGUCCUGCAGCAUGGCGUCCUGCCCCGUGCUCUCCCGCGCCGACGUCUUCUUCGGCCUGGCCACGCUCAACUCGGCGCUCAACCCGCUCAUCUACACGCUGCGGAGCAAGGACAUGCGCCGCGAGUUCCUGCGGGUGCUGUGCUGCUGGGGGCUGCUCAGGGGCGGGCGGCCGUCCCACAGGUGCGCCGUCCCGCUCAAGAGCUCCAGCUCCCUGGAGCACCACCACCACCACUGCUCCGAGAGGGACGAGCAGCAGAACACGCCCAUCAUGCAGGACUGCACCACCUGCGUCUGACUGUAC